GUUUCAGGUGAAAAAUGGCGAGACAUGCGAACGACUCUCAGCCCGGCGUUCACUGGCUCCAAGAUGCGCCACAUGAUGCCUUUUAUGACCGAGAUCAGCCAGAACAUCAUCACGUAUUUGAAAGAAAAUGUCAAAGGCAACGAAGACGUAGAUAUUAACGACCUCAUCCGUCGGUACACCAACGACGUCAUCGCAUCGGCUGGUUUCGGCAUUGUCGUCAACUCCGUCAAAGACAAAGACAAUGAGUUCUUCAAGCUCGGCGAGGGCAUUUUCAAAUUUACUGGUUUGCAGAGGAUUGCGUUCUUUAUUGCCACAGUGUGGCCGAACCUUUAUAAGAAACUGGGGAUCCCGCUAUUUCCAGAGAGUACGACCAACUUUUUCAGAAAUCUGGUCUCAACUACAAUCGACUACAGAGAAAAAAACAAUGUUGAACGUCCUGACAUGAUCCAACUGCUGAUGGAAGCUACAAAAGGUAACCUGAAACACAAGUCCAAUGAAAAUGAAAAAGACAAUGUUGGAUUUGCUACGGUAGAUGAAGGUCUGAAACCACAGAGCGUAAAUAGAAAAUGGACCUUUGAUGAAUUAACAGGUCAAGUUUUCAUAUUUUUUGCGGCUGGUUUUGAAAGCUCCGGUAGCACGCUAGUAAUGGCUAUACACGAAUUGUCAAUAAACCCACAUAUUCAGGAGAAAUUGUACCAGGAAGUCAAAGAGUUCAAAGAGAAAAACAAUGCUUUGUCCUACGACAACAUUGGUGAUUUGAAAUAUUUGGACUGCGUUUUAAAUGAAACAAUGCGGAAAUGGUCAGCUGCAAUGAUCAUGGACAGAACUUGUACGAAAGCCUAUGAACUGCCUCCACCUAGGGAAGGAGGCAAGACAUUUAAAUUAAAACCAGGAGACAUAGUUUACAACAUGGUGAACUCCAUUCACAUGGACGAGAAGUACUGGCCUGAGCCGGAGAAGUUCGAUCCCGAUAGAUUCUCUGAUGAAAACAAACACAACAUCAAGCCUUUUACCUUUAUGCCUUUUGGUAUGGGACCUAGGAACUGUAUUGGUUCAAGAUUUGCCAUCCUGGAGUUGAAAGUCCUUCUCUUCGAUCUAAUCUCCAAUUACAAGGUUGUCAAGUCUGAGAAGACCCUUAUUCCAAUCGUGUUGGAACCUUCUGAAGUCAACAUUAAACCAAAGGGAGGCAGUUUUGUUCGAUUAGAGAAGAGGGUAUAAGAGUUGCUGUCUAGCGUAAGAGAGCCCGAAGAGAAAUAAAAAAUAGCCACUAGUUAACUCUCAGAUGUACCACACCAGUUGUAAAAUGUUCCUGUUGUGAUAGCCUAAUCAGAAAUUGCCAGAAAUUUGACGAAAAUUGUGGGGGUAACCAUAUUUAUGGUGAUGAUUUAUGAAUAAAAUUUAGGACUGUAGUUGUAAAAGUACAUCGUCUCAUCAUCUCCAGCGAAAAAGAACAAUUUUUAUCAACAUUCUAGAAAUAGUCUUAAUGAUAUUAUUAUUGUUUAUAGGUACCAGAUAUUAAGAUUUUGUAACCAUGUAUGCUACAAUUUUUAAAUAAUUUUAAUAAAAUUCUGAAAACAACAAUUUCGACGCAAAAAGAGGGGAGGUAUAAGUUUGAAGCAUUUGCCUGUAUACCUGUGUGUCCACCUCACAGUGUUUUUUUUACCCCUAAAAUCGGACAUGUCUCUGUUAACAGAGACGAAGAGAGAAGAAGGAGACAACCUCGACCAAAGUUUAUGUCCCGUAUUUGGUAUUUUUUGAAAAUAAAAUUCUAGUGACCAAAUCGUUGCAGCCAAGUAAUUCGUUAGAUUGCUGCACAUAAAGACUAAUUCCACAAGAAAAGUCAAGUACUAACUCCGCACAAAUGCCGAAAAAAUAUUUUUUCAAGUUAUCGGGACGUCACCGGGAUUCUGAAGCUAUGAUAUUUGGGUAUAGCUCGACAGGUUCAUCUAAUGUAGUUUAACCAUAAAUUUUGUGUAGACUUCAAAAAACGUUUUCUCCAAAACUAUUGUAGUGAGACUCGUGGGAGUUUUAGGUACUCUUUUUUUAGGGGUAAAAAACACACUGUGCUUAACGACUGAACUUAAAGCGUUUUUUUAUUUGAAAGCUAAUUUAAUUGGAAUAAUUCUUAGCUAUAUUUGUUUGUCAUCGACUACGGCUAACAGAUUGACUGUAUAUUUGCAGUUCAUAUAGCCGAGUUCAUAUAGUCAACUUCAUAUAGCCGAGACCACGACUGCAUGAAGUCGAUAAUUACUUCACGCGUAAACUGUAUGCAGUCAAUCUCGGCUGCAUGAAAUCAGUUUAAACCACUUAUGUGGUCUGUGAUUUAAACUGUGUUAAUGCGUGAAGCCGUUGUCUACUUCAUGCAGUCCAGUUCUCGGAUAAUCUGUGACAAUUCGUUAGCAACCUAAGUCAGCCAUGACUAUGGAACCUGAAAAAGGGUCCGAAACAUUCGUUCGUUUAAAAAAACAAACAUGCGAUUCAGAUCCGAAAACUAGUUUCAUUUCCUAUGUGUAACAAUCGCAUAAACCUGAACACUACUGAGAUGUAAAGAUAUCAUCAGUUUUAUUUGCAGUCAGUGUAUAUAUGGCAGUCAAGAGCAUUUUGUUUCAAAACAAUCAAAAUCAGAACAAUCUUUAUUUCAUAGGUAAGCAUUAUUUCACUUGAAAUCGUCACACUGGUUAAACUCUACCGCUCAUUCGUAAGGC